AUGGCUGCCGCUCCAAUGGCCCCAGACACUUCCAGACUGUCCUUUGCAAAGGUAGCUGCAUCUGCCGGCAAAGAGAGUGUUGGGGGAUUGGGCUCGUUUGCUAAAGUCGCAGCCUCUGGGCCCUCCAAAGCUUCAAAAAAGGAGAGCGUUUUAUGUUUGGCUACGGAUGACAGUUCUUGCGCCGAUGGCUCGCCAAAGCGAGUUGCGCUCUCUGAGCCUACCGGUGUGAAUCAAGGGAAUAACACCUCAGCACGAGCAAAGAUUGCUUCUAACGUCGACUCGGCACCUACACCUACCGUAGAUACGAAUCUUGCCGAUGCUAUAAAAGCCAUGAAUAUCGAUGAAGAACACAAAUCGCCGAUGCCAAGUUUAGUGGUAAAUGGUUCAGGAGCGAGUUUGUUAAAUGCGCGGAAAAGAGCAGAAGCCGGUGAACCCUUUUCAGAUGACCUAUUUCAUCGUACCGAUUCCGGUUCUGAACUUGGGACGAAACCCCCAAGCUUGGAUGGGAAGAGCAUUACGUCGGGAACGACAUUUGCUCUGGAUGAAAAGGAGUCUCUUCGUCCUGAUGAUAGUGCGAGCGUUAAAGCUGCGGAAGAUGACGACACAUUCUCUGCGAUGGGAUCAAUAGUGGCAGGCUCGAGGAUCGGAUCUGAAGCAGCUGGCCGCGCGUAUCGAGCUCAGGCGCAACUCUAUGAAGGCGCUGACAGAAGAAUGCAGCCGAUGCCCGAACGGCAGAAUCAAGGGAUGGUAACCCCACAGAGUGGCUCGUCUGGACAGCAGACCACUGAUGAUGGGAAACUCAACAAGCCACUCGUUGGACAAACUGGCGCCCCUGACGCGUUUAAUCUUUUUUACCGCCAGACACCAGAUGAGAAAUUGUUGGAAGCUCUAGAGUCUCCUAAAGACAGAAUUUUCCUUCUUCGGCUGGAACAAGAUUUACAAAAAUUUGUUAUUGAUUCUAAGGAGCCUUUCAUUGAUCUACCGCCGUGUAAUUCCUUUUGCCGAAUGUUAACACAUAAGCUGGCCGACUACUACCAUAUGACACACCAGGUCGACGCUGUGGCCGGGGCAGUGCGGAUUUUCCGUACACCCUUUUGUAGACUACCACCGCCACUAACAAGUAUAUCUAACCCACCCACUUCCGGGAACACACCACCUCCAAAUAUACCGGCCAUGAAGAUAAUGCGGAGAGGAGGGGAAGGUGAAGCUGGCACUGGUACCUCAAAGGCAACCUCAGAGACGGGUAGUGAUGGGAAGGACAAAUCUAUCUCCGCCAAGGAAAAAUUAUCUAGGGAAGAGAGAGAAGCUGCUUACAAUAGGGCGCGGGAGCGAAUAUUUGGCAAGGACGAAAAACCUGGAGAUGCUACUCCUGAAACUGAAGACGGUGUUGAGAUGUCGAGAUCCAGCUCUGUUUCCACCAAAGACCGACCUGGGCAGGGCAAAAAGGCCAAACCCAUGAAGCAGCGCAGAGACGAUUCCGAGAGCUUCGAUGUUCGUUCACAGUACACGCCUUUCUUUCCUCAACCACAGAUGCCGACGUGGACCCCAACACCUCAAUUCUCGCCCAUGGUACCUCAGCCAUUCAAUGGUAUGGUCCAAGGUCCCUACCCAGGGAAUGUCCCUCCCCAGUAUACGGUGCCCAGCCCGCAAUUCAAUCCAAAUCCUAUCAGCAGCGGCAAUAUGCAGGUCUACAAUACCAUUCCACAGCAGUAUCAACAACACAAUCAGUCAAGGUUUCAACCACACAGCGCGCCGAUCACUGCAUACGGCUCACCUGUUCAGUCGCCUCCCAUGGCUCCACAACAAUGGCAGCAACAGCAGCCGAUGUACCAAACUACCUUCCAAUCACAGCCGCCAAUGCCUAGUAGAACCGGAAAUACCAUACCCUACGCAUUUGGUCAAUUACCUCCAACUGCAAAUCCUGCGGACCCCAAAAGUCAACAUCCAAUACCGGGAAGCUUCAACCGCCACGCGUUUAACCCGAAAACUCAGUCAUUUGUGCCAGGAAACGCUGGCCUUCCAAUGCCUCAGCCAGUGUCUCAUAACGGGUCUCCUCAUCAUGGGUCUCCUCAUCACGGCUCUCCUCACCUAUCGUAUAACGCUUACACUCCGCCUCAGCAGUCAUUUGGCAAUGGUAUGGGCUAUGGUAUGGCCCGGCAAGGUUCUAAUAAUUCUUUGCCAUCAUACCAUGCCUCGCCACAUAUGGCUCAUAGGUCAAUGAUGCACCAAAGUAUGCAACAGCAACAAGGUAUGCCUCACGGAAUGAUACCGAGCAUUCCUCAUAGCCUCCCGCCAGGUUUGCCACAGGUUAUGCCUGGAUUGUCACAGAAUGGUCAAUCCGGCCACCACCUUCCGAAUUAUGGUAAUUCGUCGACGCUUCCUCCUAAGCCUCCUACGGGAGUUUAA